GGCUGGGCGGGAUAGACCGAAGCCCCGGGGUCCAAGCUCGAGCAGCCAAGCUUCAGCUCCAGCAACUCCCUGCUGUGUCCCAGGCUGCAGCGCAGGCGGGUCCGGCCUCCGCUCCGGUGCCCGGUGCCCGCGCUGUGCCCUGCAUCCCGGCUCCAGCUGCGGCGACGCGGCAGGUGCCUCCCAUUCUUGGGGACAUGAUCUCCACAUUCUCCUGCGUGAAGUCCUAUGAGGACCAGAGCUACUCGGGGCUGAAGCGGGCCUGUCUGCGCAGGAAGGUGCUCUUUGAGGACCCCAACUUCCCUGCCACUGACGACUCUCUCUACUAUAAGAGUACCCCAGGACCCACAGUUAGUUGGAAGCGGCCUAAGGAUAUCUGUGAUGAUCCCCGCCUCUUCGUAGAUGGCAUCAGCUCUCACGACCUGCACCAGGGCCAGGUGGGCAACUGCUGGUUUGUGGCCGCCUGCUCGUCACUCGCCUCUCGAGAGGUACUCUGGCAAAAGGUCAUUCCAGACUGGAAGGAGCAGGAAUGGAACCCUGAGAAGCCUGAUGCCUAUGCUGGCAUCUUCCAUUUCCAAUUCUGGCGCUUCGGGGAGUGGGUGGAUGUGGUCAUCGAUGACCGGCUGCCCACAGUCAACAACCAGCUCAUUUACUGCCACUCCAACUCCAGAAAUGAGUUCUGGUGUGCCCUGGUGGAGAAGGCCUAUGCCAAGCUGGCAGGCUGUUACCAGGCCCUGGAUGGAGGCAACACUGCCGACGCACUAGUAGAUUUCACAGGUGGUGUUUCUGAACCCAUCGACCUGACCGAAGGGAACUUUGCCAAUGAUGAAGCCAAGAGGAAUCAACUCUUUGAACGGAUGCUGAAGGUGCACAGCAGAGGCGGCCUCAUCAGUGCCUCCAUCAAGGCUGUGACAGCAGCUGACAUGGAGGCCCGUCUGGCAUGUGGCCUGGUGAAGGGCCAUGCGUAUGCUGUCACUGAUGUGCGCAAGGUGCGCCUGGGCCACGGCUUGCUGGCCUUCUUCAAGUCAGAGAAGCUGGACAUGAUCCGCCUACGGAACCCCUGGGGCGAGCGGGAGUGGAACGGCCCCUGGAGCGACACCUCACAGGAGUGGAAGAAAGUGAGCAAGAGUGAGCGGGAGAAGAUGGGCGUGACUGUGCAAGAUGAUGGCGAGUUUUGGAUGACCUUCGAGGACGUGUGCCGGUACUUUACCGACAUCAUUAAGUGCCGUCUGAUUAACACGUCCUAUCUGAGCUUCCAUAAGACGUGGGAGGAGGUCCAGCUGCGUGGUGCCUGGACGAGACAUGGGAACCCAAAGCAGGACCGAAGUGGAGGUUGUGUCAACUACAAGGACACUUUCUUCCAGAACCCACAGUACAUAUUUGAAGUCAAGAAGCCAGAAGAUGAAAUACUGAUCUGCAUUCAGCAGCGGCCCAAGCGUUCAACUCGAGUAGAAGGCAAAGGCGAGAACUUGGCUAUCGGCUUCGACAUCUAUAAGGUGGAAGAGAACCGCCAGUACCGAAUGCAUAGCCUGCAGCAUAAGGCCGCCAGCUCCAUCUACAUCAACUCUCGUAGUGUUUUCUUGCGGACAGAGCAGGCUGAGGGCCGCUAUGUCAUCAUCCCUACCACCUUUGAACCAGGCCACACUGGCGAGUUCCUGCUCCGAGUCUUCACAGAUGUACCCUCUAACUGCCGGGAGCUACGCCUGGAUGAGCCCCCUCACACCUGUUGGACCUCCCUGUGUGGCUACCCCCAACAAGUGACCCAGAUUCAUGUCCUGCAGGCUGCUGGCCUCAAGCGCUUCCCAGCAGGGGCAAACUCAUAUGUGAUCAUCAAGUGUGAGGGUGAAAAGGUUCGCUCAGCUGUGCAGAAAGGGACCUCGACACCAGAGUACAAUGUGAAAGGCAUUUUCUAUCGCAAGAAGCUGACUCAGCCCAUCACCGUGCAGAUUUGGAAUCGCCGAGUCCUGAAGGAUGAAUUUCUGGGCCAAGUGUGCCUAAAGGCUAACCCGGAAGACCAGCAGGCCCUCCACAUCCUCCACCUCCAGGACCGAAGUCAGCAGCCCAGAGACUUGCCAGGCACCAUAACUGUGAGCAUCCUCAGCAGUGCCUCUCUCACAGCUGUGUGACACCAGCCGCCUACCUGGCCCCACUAGCUCUCACCACUACUUGCAUGUCCCCACCUGGCCUGGGACCAGCCUGGGAACCAGACAUUGGGGCCCUUCCCCACUCUUCACUGACCUACUGUGUGACCUGAGGAGAGCCCUGUCCCUCUCUGAGCCUCAGUGUUUGGAGAACAUUUUCUUGCCUAAGAUUUCAAGUAACUCUCUAGCCAGUGGACAUUGCUGCUAAGGGGCUAUCUGUUGAAAACAUUUCCCCAGGCCCUGAUGCCUGCCGAGGAGUGCCAAGAUGUCACUUGUUUACACACAAACUGCCAUGUCCCAAGUCCCUUCCCUCCUCUUGUUUUCUAGCCCCCCUCCCAGGUCUUUGCUGUAUAGUUUGCAGUGACCUUAAUCUUAUCUCCCUGCCUCCACUUUCCCCGUGUUGAGAUUAUAAGCAUGUACCACUACACCAGUUUAUAUGGUGCUGGGUAUCAAACCUAGGGCUUUGUGUAUGCUAGGCAAGCAUUCUGUCAGAUGAGCUACAUCUCCAGUCCCACAACACCUCGCUUCUUGAACCAUCUUGAAAGACCCCUUAGUGGGCACCUGCUGGGAAGUAUACAGGAGACAUUUGCUCAUUGUCUAAUGCCCCACUGCCAUCCAUUCAGUUAUUCAACAUAGAUUUGUCCAGUUAGUACAAAGAGCUGCCCUAGGCCUCCCCAUCCUCAGGUCUUCUCAGAGACAGAUACCCCCUGACUUCACUCGCAUCUCCUAAAGAGCUGUGGCCACACUGGUGAGAAAGUUAUUUCCCAAUCUCUACUUGUGAUGUUGGAAGCAGUGGCACGGGCCAGGCAGGUCAAUGUAGGGCUAUGGGAGACCCUAGGGGGACAUAAGACUGCCUCUGUUGAAAGAUCCUGGGUUUUCUUGGAAGAAAGGACUCCAGGGUGGGGGGUGCCAGGCCUUCAGGGUUAUGUCAUCUGUUGGGUGUCAUAGGCAGGGACUUCCCUCUCCUGACCAGAGGCCUCUCCACCAGCAUCCCCUAGACAGCCAAGGAGGCCACCAUGAUCUUGCUGCCCAGACCAUCAUUCAGUCCUCAACAUUUGGUAGUCUUAGCAUUUAAAAAAAAAAAAUCUCUGUAAAGGGAAGUCUGUCCUACCCAUUGUUCUUUUUAAAACUCAUUUUGUUUUUACUCUGCUUUUCUUUUGAUGUUGAGCAUGAAAGGGCAUGGGUGAAGUGGGACCUUCUCAGAGGAGUCUCAAAGGAAGAUGGAGAUGAUCAUGUUUGUUCCUGGGCAUCCUCAGGCUGUUUGCAGACUACAUUCCUGAGGGACUCUUGUUCAGUAGUGGUGCUGUGGCUCACAGGGUCCCUUCUGUGCCCUCCUUGGGCUUCCAGACCAGACUUAGUAGAUAAAGUACAGUUAGGUCAACAGCAGAAUUCCUUUUGGGAAUAUGACUUUCUGUCUCCAAUCCCUACUGUGUGGUCCUCUUCCUGGCUGGAGGUGCUGGAAUCUGACUGCCAUCUUGCUCCAUGGUAGCACUGCUCCUAGCCUGGGCCAUGGGAAGGGCUAGACACUGAAAUAAACAUAAGAGAAUUCCUCCUGCACAAUUGGGGCUUCCCUCCAAAGACCUAGGCCUGGUCCAGAGAUUGUGCAUGCCACCAGGAGCAAGUCCCUUAAACCUCCUGUGCCUCAGUUCCUCCCUCUGCAGCGUGAGGCUGGUGACUCCUAUUUGUGGGGACUCUUCCAAGACUGAGAGCAAGGUCACACCCCUUCCUGUGUGUCUCUAUAUCGUAUACUCUACACAUUCACAUAUCACUUCUCAAUGGCUAUUGUAAACCAGGAGUCCGAAGCUGCUGUGCCAUCUUGGGUCUCAGGGCCUGACAUGUGGGUCUUAGCUCAGCCAUAUCCCCCUGAGGCACAGGGCAAACCAGGACCAAGUAGCAAACUUGUAUAAGCUUCUCCCGGUGGUUAGCCACUGCCUCCCACAUCCAGCAGAACUGGGCCAGCAGCCCUGUUCUUGCUUCCUCCCUCUUAAGCUAGGCCAGGCUGGCUCCUGGCUGUGCAGGGACCUCUGGUCCCCAGGAAGCCUUGAGGACUGGACUGGUGAGGACAGUGUGGAGCAUGGAGAGCAGUGGCUUUGUUCACUCUUUGCACCCAGAAGGCCUCAUAGUGUGCCAGUUGCAGGCGAUCAACCCUGCAGCCUACACUAUAUGGACCACCAGGGCCUGGCCUUCACUCCUCCAGGUCACCGUGCCCUGGCAUCACAGGCAUGUUAUCGUCUCAGAAUAAAUAUUAACUGCCACUCUAGAAA